AUGGAAAUGCUUCUUACUGCAGGCAGGCAGCGGCGCCCCCUCCUUCGGGGCCCCGCCGCCGCCGCCAUCCGCGCCACGCCAAGCCCCGCGCUCCGAGGGGGCGUUCCCGAGGCGCGCGUGCGCCGCCUCCCCCGGGCAGGGCCUGCGCUCGCUCGCCCGCCGCCGCCGCCGCCGCCGCCCGCCCCUUCCUUUGUCUGCGACGGGAAGGGGAGCGCGGCUCUUGGCCGGCCCCUGGCUCCUCCCCGCCGCUGGCGCGCGGCAGCUCGGGGCGCGAUAGCCGAAGUGCGCAAAUUCACCAAGCGCCUGAGCAAGCCGGGCACGGCGGCCGAGCUGCGCCAGAGCGUCUCCGAGGCGGUGCGGAGCUCGCCGGGGCUGGAAAAAGCAAAAGUGAUCGAGCCUUUGGACUACGAGAAUGUCAUUGCCCAAAGGAAAGCGCAGAUUUACAGCGACCCGCUCCGGGAUCUGCUUAUGUUUCCCAUGGAAGAUGCAUCUAGUGCUCACCAACCGGACACGAGGAGGAAAUUGCCGUCAACUGUACCAUGGUUCUCCUCCACGUUGUAUCCCGAUGCCACGAAGAAGGCCUUGACCACUACUUGCGGGCUUUCAUCAAGCCCGGGGUGCCACAGGCCAAGAUGACGCAUGAAAUCCUGGCUGUCGCGAUGGCAACAAUUCUCAAGCAGUCGGCAGAUUUCUUGGCCAUCAAUAAGAUGCUGAAGGUGAAACAAGACUGGGAGGGCCUCAUUCCCCGCCCCUUCACCCUGCAAUAAGGCCAAUAUGGCCAAGGGAGUUGGCCGUAGACUUUGAAAGAUGCAUCUCACAGCUGAACUGACCAAAUCAAAACCUUCCCAGUUCAGUUUUCCAUCCAUAAAACGGGAACAACACUGAUUUGCUCUUGUUGACGUACGACAUGUACUGAAAUUGUGUUGAGCUAUUUAAAUUGUUUUAAAAUCUUG